AUGAAAGCCUUUAACAACUUCCUCCUCGUACUUGCCUACUCGGCCAUUGGCCUAUCCGCCGCUACACCCGCUUCACCGGAGGCGCGUGCCAAAGCCAUCUGUGGCGAUCUUGGUAUUCUUGACAUUACCACACUCCAGGAUGGUGUAGAACCUGCAGAGCUCCGUCUCUGUGCGGACCAUCCCUUGGGACGAAAACGUAACUUGGACCCUAAGCAAGGAUCAUCUAUCGCACCAGGUGACAAGGGUCUUCCCAAGGACGUCAGCCCUGCAGAUUCUACUGGUCUGCUCUCCAAGAGGAUUUGUUGGGACGUUGCACCCUAUGGAUGCGAAAACAGGAGCUACUGCUGGAAAGUCUGCGGCCAGAAUGGAGAGUGGUGCUGGACUGCCCAUGCCGGUGGAUCUGGGGCUUGGAGGGGAUGCAGAACAUGGGGAGAUUGUGGUACCGAUGAUAAAGACUUCGGAUGCGGAAAGAACUGCAAGGCUUCAGGAAUUUGUGGUUGCAGCUGCUAG